AUGGACGAGGCUUGUGAAUACGAAAGCGAAAUACCAAUUUGGCAGGAGCCCCGAUGCGAACCACUUGGGGCACCGAAAGAGAACCUGUGCGAUGAAACAACACCAGAACAAAUUUCCGGCGAUCGAAUACAUGCACUAGAAGAGGAGCAAGAGAUUUUAUCAUCGUCUGUUUUUUCUCUUACGUCGCACUUAGCUCAGGUCGAAUUUCGCUUGCGACAAAUCCUAAAAGCGCCACCCGAGGAAAAGGAUGCUAUGCUUAAAGAGCUCGAAGAGUUCACCUCUCGUGGUGUUCCAGAAUCACGGACAGCGCCGCAGGGUAGCACAGGUGAGACUGUAUGCAAUGAGUGUGUUGAAUUAGAGAGGAAAAUGAGGAGACAACGCGCGAGGCAAUCUCACUUCGUUGAAAGACUCAAGUCACAAUUGAAGGAGCUGGAGCGCUUUGCGGCAGACCCAAAAUCCGAGUCAGGAGACAGUACACAUAGGACAUUAAUAGAACAUUUGAGAAGUGAAAUUGACAGAAGUCUAGAAGAAGGAUGUCAUCAGCCUUUAAGCACUGAAGAACUUCGACAUCAGAUCAACUGUGCGGUGCGACAAUAUGCUGACAGGCAGUUGUCAAAGGAAGAAAUUGUUGGUAAAUUACAGACCCACAUAGAAGAUAUGCAAAAGUUCAUAAAAUUAAUAAAAAAUGAGGAUUUCAAAAGCAAUGGCAAAACAAAACCAGAACCAAAGAAACUAGGGAAACCAGAGAAUUUCGAUAAAAACUUUACUCGCAGUAAAGUGAAUGAUGAGCUAAAGGCGGAAACUAUAAAUCUGAUGAGAAAAGCUUCAACAUUAAUACAAAUAUUUACGGUGUCCCAGUUUGGUUGCUCUCCAAAUGGUAGCAAAAAGUAUGACAAAAAAUCUUCACCAGUUGUGACACACUGGGGCAACCUAAGAGCCAAAUUGGAGAUGUCAAUUGAUGCUGUAUUACAUUUAGUAUCACGUGACAGACAAUCAAGCUCUAUCAUUGACAGUUACGAUAGCGACUCUGAAGAGGGAGCUGUUGUCAUUAAUGAUGCUCCUCUGACCACAGCUGUCCGGAGACAUUUAGCUAUUAAUUUACGUGAUUUACUUCAGCAUGGUCUAGUUGGCCUGGAGUCUACUUCCUUAGUGCCAUUAAUAGGUUGCUUCCCAAUACGCAGGUCUUCCAUGUCACACUCGAUACAUAUUUGGGAGCUUAUAUUACGCUAUUAUGAACUGAAUGAUGGAGACAGAUUUAACUCUACUCCUGCUAGAAAACUAAGCCAGAGCUUUAACCUAGAUAUAGUAGGAGGAACAGCCAUCACAAAUAAGCAAAGUUUGUUAAGUACUAUUGGAAGUAUACUUGCUUCACAUAUGCCUUAUAAAAGGAGUUAUGAUGCUCACUUUAAGGCAUUUGUUUGCGCCGCAUUAAAUGCCCACAAGCUUGUAAUUUGGCUUAAUAUUAUGUUGAAAUGCAGAUCUCUGAUUGACGCUUAUUAUUCCUCAACCAGCUAUGUUGUUAACACGGGUUUCCAAGACACACUGCAGAGUUUGGACCGUCUCACUCCAUACAAUUUCGACUUACCGGUGGAUCUAGCUGUGAAACAAUUUCAAAAUAUCAAAGAUGUAUUCAUG